GUUAAUAAUAAUAAUAAAAUGAAAGCUAUUAUUGUGAUCCUAAUCUUAGCAGUCGCUACUUGUGCACCAGCCAAGAAGGACAACAUCGUCACUGAUACCGCCCUCUUUGUCAACGGAUUCUUGAGAGGUGCCCUCGUUGAAGAAAUUGCUAGAGUUGAUGACUGUCUAAAUGAUGGAGAUGCCAUCGUUGCUUCUAUUGGUAGAAUCAUUAUGGAUGUAGAAAAAGGAUUUGAUUUGGUCCCACUUAUUGCUGAUCUAGGAGACCUUUUCACUAAUAUUCCAAAGAGUCUCAAGGAAUGUAAAGAUCUUCCACCAACUGUUGCUGAAACUUUCACAGGUUGGUCAAAGAAACUCAUCAACCCAAUCGAGAUGGGAAAAAUUGUUGCCAUUGCUUUGAACAAGUACAAGGGACAACUCGAAGGUGAUGCCACUGGCUUCGUUGAUGACUGGAAGAACGGAAAGUUUGAAGAGAGCGGACUCAAGCUAGGAGAUAUCCCACAUGUUCUCUUCGAUCUCUGCGCUAUCGAUAUGGAAUCACUCUCAGUUACUCCAUUUGAUGUUGGUUACUUCCUUGAUGGAUUCCUUAGCAAGGCCUUGCAAAGUGACAUCCAGGGUGUUGAAAGUUGCCUCACUGAUGCUGAUGAUGUUCUCGAAGAUAUUGAGAAAUUCGUUACAGAUAUUGAAGGAGGAUUCGAUCUUCUUAAUAUCAUUACUGAUCUAGGAGCUCUCUUCACUCAUAUUCCAACCAGCGUUAGAGAUUGCUCAGACUUUGGAGAAGAAGUUGAGAAGGUUCUUGGAAACUGGGAAAAUACUAUUAAGGAUCCUAUUACCAUCGCUAAGAUUGUCUACAUCUCUCUUUCCAAAUACGCCGACAGACUCAAGACUGACGCUACCGGAUUUGUUUCCGAAUGGAAAGCUGAAGACUAUCAAAAAUCUGGAGAACUCUUAGGAGACAUCCCACACGUCUUAUUCGACCUCGCUCCAGCCAAAUCCCCAAAAAAGAACGUAUUCAAGUCAAUCAUGAGUGAGUUCAAGGCCAAGUUCGGUAACUAAUCCAUUAGUAACAGAAGGCUUCCAAUAG